AUUUCCAGAGGGGAAGGAAAUCAAACUUUAUGAAGUGAGAGAAACUCGGGUUCACCUGCCAGACUUAAAACAUCAGAUUAUUCUGUCGUUUAAAUUAAGUUUGCAUUUUGUUAACUGUCAUGACGCACUAAAUAGGUGUGGUUGGUGAAUGGAUCCGCUGGUUCAGCAUGGGAAUGAAGAGGUAAUGUGUAGAAGUGAACUGAAGUGAAGUGGACCGAGGACUCACAGAGACUCUUGAACUGACCUCUAUAACCAGACACCAUGGCUGGAGACGACCACUACCUUCAUUCUUCAAUCCCGAUUUUCGACAAUAUGAUGGAUCCAUCUUGGGAGUUUACACAAUAUCCUGUGAUGUCUAUCAACACGUCACUGCGCACAGUUUCAAUGGAUGGACCGUCCCUGCAGAUCGUGGAGCAGCCAAAACAGCGUGGCUUCAGGUUCAGGUACGGCUGUGAGGGUCCAUCUCACGGCGGUCUGCCCGGAGCCUCCAGUGAGAAGAACAGGAAGACCUACCCCACUGUCAAGGUCAGUAACUACCAGGGUCCGGCCCGGGUGGUGGUACAGCUGGUGACGGCGUUGACCCCCCUCACCCAUCUUCAUGCUCACAGUCUGGUGGGGAAACAGUGUGAUAAAGGGAUCUGCGUUGCUGAUUUACAGCCCAAAGACUCAAACAUCAGUUUUCCAAAUCUAGGUAUACUUCAUGUGACGAAGAAGAACGUUGCAAAGACUCUGGAGGAGAGGAUGAUCGAGGCCUACAGGAUGGGACACAACUGUGGAGUCUCCAUCCACCCCGAUAUUGAUUCCCUGCAGGGGGAAGUCCGAGUCCCCCGAGAGCUCAACGAUCACCAGCGCACCGCGAUCAGCUCUGCAGCCGCUGUUCAGGCUAAAGAAAUGGACCUCAGCGUAGUUCGGCUCAUGUUCACGGCGUUCCUCCUCGACAGUGACGGAGGUUUCUCCAGACGAUUGGAGCCCGUCGUUUCUGAACCGAUCUACGACAGCAAGGCUCCCAACGCCUCCAACCUGAAGAUUGUGAGGAUGGAUCGAACUGCCGGCUGUGUGAGCGGAGGAGAGGAGGUCUACUUACUCUGUGACAAAGUCCAGAAAGACGACAUUCAGGUCAGGUUCUAUGAAGAAGACGACAAUGGGCCAACCUGGGAGGCUCUGGGAGAUUUCUCCCCCACAGAUGUUCACAGACAGUUUGCCAUCGUCUUCAAGACUCCAAAGUAUCGAGAUCAGAAUCUUCAGAAGCCAACGUCUGUGUUCGUCCAGCUGAAGAGAAAGUCUGACAACGAGACCAGCGAGCCCAAACCCUUUACCUACCACCCACAGAUCAUAGAUAAGGAGGAGGUGCAGAGGAAGAGGCAGAAGACAUUACCAAACUUCCAUGACUUCAGUGGUCAUGGAGGAGGAGGGGGAGGGGGAGGAGGAGGAGGUCUGUACCGAGGAGGAGGAGGAGGAGGUCCUGCAGCAGGAGGAGGACCAGGCUCUGCAGGAGGAGGAGGUUACUUUCAGGGCUUCAACACCUACAACUAUGGUGGAGGAGGAGCAGGAGGAGGAGGUUUUUCUACAGGAUACUCAGCUGGGCUGGGAGGAGGAGGCGGAGGCAUCAAACAUGCCUCUCGGGGCGACACAGCAGACGACAACAGUGACGACAGCAACCCAGACGAUGACUCGAGGUCAGGAGCUGCUCUGAGACUUUCAGCCCAGACAGGAGGCCUGGAGGUGCGGGAGAGGACUGAGGAGGGAGGGGUCAGUGUGGAGCCACAGCCGGACAGAGAUGAGCGGUUGUUUGAAGAGACCAGCAGACAGCUGCAGGCUCUCUUUCAGUACUCGGUUACAGGAGAUUCAGCGUACUUGCUGGCUGCACAGCGCCCCCUGAUGGACACACAGGACGAGGAUGGAGACACUGGGCUCCAUCUGGCAGUUCUCCACAGUCAGCAGGAGGCACUGAAGAGUCUGACGCAGGUCGUCUCUGCUUUGCCUGGAGAGGAGGUGCUCAACAUGAGGAACCACCUUUACCAGACUCCUUUGCACCUGGCUGUGAUCACCCAGCAGAGGGAGGCGGUGGAAGCACUGCUAUUGGCCGGCGCCGACCCAACUCUGACAGAUCGUCAUGGCAACACGGUUCUCCACCUGGCGUCCCAGCUGGAGGACGGAGGGGUGGUUCGUUUUUUACUCCAACAUCGAGAGCUGAGAGGACUGCUGGAACACACCAACACAGCAGGUCUGUGUGCGAUCCACCUGGCCGUUCUUUCCAAUCAGCUCUCUUCUCUUAGGGAGCUGCUAGAGGGCGGGGCUAACGCCGAGGCUCAGGAGCGUAGUUGUGGACGGACCGCCCUACACCUUGCCACGGAGGCUGAGAAUGUGUCUUUGGCCGGCUGCCUACUGCUGGAGGGUAACGCCAAGGUGGACUGCUGCACCUUUAAUGGCUCCACCCCUCUACACAUUGCUGCUGGGCGGAGCUCCGUCAAGCUAACAGCUCUCCUGAUGGCUGCAGGAGCAGACCCUCUCAGGGAGAACUUUGAGCCGCUGUUCUUCAGGGAGGAGGACUGCUGUGAGGAGGAAAUGGAGAAGGAGGGUGAAGAUGAAGAUGAAGGCUACAUCCCAGGAACCACUCCGCUCAACAUGACUGCCAACACACAGGUGUUGGAGCUUCUGAACGGUAAAGAAUACAAACCGAAAACUCUUCAGAGAGACUUUGACCCUCCUCAAGGCGACAUGUCGAGUCUGGACGUGGAGGUGAAGCUGGAAGUGUGUCGCUCUCUAGAGAGUGAAGGAUGUUGGGAGAAUCUGGCUCACAGUCUAGGUCUCGGGAUCCUGAACACAGCCUUCAGACUGAGUCCCUCCCCGGCAAAAACACUGCUGGACAGCUACGAGGUUUCAGGUGGGACAGUACAGGACCUGCUGGCUGGUCUGAGGUCAGUCGGGGAGAGCCGAUCUCUGAGCAUCCUGGAGGAGGCGCUGGGUCACCAUGACGACCAGGAGGCGGCCGGGGCUCUGAGCGUUCAGGUUCAGGAACUGAAGGUGGACGUUCGGAUCGACAGCGGGGUUUGUGACAGUGGGGUGGAGCUCUCUACAGCGUGAUGACAUAAUCUGUCCAUAUCCAGCUUGGUAUCCAUUUAAACACCGGUCAUCCAUCAUGCAACCAUCAUCCAUCCAUUCAUCAAUGUCUCCAGGCUGAGCCGUGGUCACUCCUCCACUUUCUGUAGGAUUUCAGGGCUAAAAAAACAUUUUAACCUGUUUUUAAUUAAUAAUGUCAAAGUUUGUCUUUUUUUUUUUUUUUUAACUCAUUGUGUAGAAAACAUGUUUUUGCGUGAAAACUAAACGGGAGAAUUUAAGGAGGAACGCUCCUGAAAUCCUUUCCGAUCAGGUUGUUCACACAUGCACCUCACAGCGGGAGACUAUCCCUGUUGGACAGAAGGGGUGGGGCAGGGGGGGCUUCUGAGGCAAGACAUAACAUAAGCAACAGUCCGCUAGACAAAGCUGUAAUAAGAAUGUUUUCCUUUCAUCAAUGCUGCGUGUAGUUUGACAGGAUCACAGUAUCAACAAAAGAGCGGACUAGAACAAACUGGCGAACAGAAAACAUAAUGCAGCAGUUUAAUUAUCCCUCCCACUUACUGGUGAAUUCUCAUGAUUAUAUCCUGCUGUGUUCUCACAUCAGCUCAAUCAGACUUUCUGCGGAAAAAAAUACCAGGCGGCUGGCAGGAGAAGCUAUGGAUGAAAUCCAAGCGAAAAAUGUGUCUGUUUGUGUUGACAUAUGUAGCUCAUACCGAAAACUUCAAGAGGCUAUCAGAAAUUCUGUGCAAGUGUAAAAGGACCAUUAGAAGAAACUUAUCCCACACUACACUCCAACAGUUCAACCAAAGAUUGUAAAUUCAAAGUUUUGAUUCACACUCAAGACAAUCAAAUUAUUUUAAAGCAACAUUGUGUAACUACAACUGUUUCUAAGUCUACCAAGAGACCAGGAACUUUUGUGUUUCUAUAACAGGGUCUACAUUUUGAGACAACUUUCAACCCCUGCUCUGGGAUAACGUUUGUCACAAUACCAGAUCUUUAAACUUAAAUGUGGCUCUACUGAAAAUCAAACAAUAUUGAUAACUUCUUCAAUGGAGGGGGCGACUGUGGCUCAGUGGUCGAGUCAGUCGUCUCUCAAAACGAGAAGGUCACGAAUUCCAGCUUCUGCAGGAAGCCCAUUUUGAAGUGUCCUGUGGCAAGACAUUCAACCUCAAAUUGCAGCAGUGUGAAUGUGUAUAAAUUGUUAGUACUGAUGGACACUUUACAUAGCAGUCAGUGUGUGAAUGUGGUGUGAAUAGGUACCGGUAAGUGCGGUGUAAAAGGCGCUCUGAGGAGUCAGAAGACUAGAAAAGCGCUAUACAAGCUCAAGUCCAUUUACCAUUUAGAAAAAAUGGACUGAUGGUAAAUUCCA